UGUCCACUGAUUAUUCUCGUCUGCUUCGCUUGAUGUUUAGGUUUUCGUUGGUUUUGGUGCGUUUACGGAUGGAAAAAUGUUGUGUUUGGUUUAUAAAUAGCCCUAAUAAACUUAACUAGAUCCAAAAAUAAUAGCUUUUGGUGAUAUUCAUAUGUGUGGAGGACAUUUUCUCAUUUAACAUGUUUUAUUCAUAUAUGUCUUCUUUAUAUUUAAUUCUCUCAGGAUUUAUAAUCUAAUAUCGCUAGUCAAACUGCGCUUGGCUUGUCUAUAAUUUUAUUCUUUUAUCUAAUGACAAGUAGCCUCUAAGUCAAACCUCCAAACUAUGGUCCUGCAGGAAAGCCUUCAAACCAGUUUUAUAUCACUGAGACUAUAGAUUAAGUUGGUGUCACUGAUGGACAGUAUGGGAGUAGCAGCCCUCACCUGACCCGAGAUGGAUGGUAUCAUGUCACAGGCGCAGGAAGGACUGAGGGAGCGGCCAGCUGUUCACCUGCUACUGAGCUUCCGUCAGCUGUGUCUGGUCACCGUAUCUCUCCCUCUGUGUGCCCUAGUCUUCUGCUUCAUCACAGCUUAUAUAUUCCAGCCGGACGAGAUACAUGAGACUCACUGUCGGGUUUACAACAUAAUACCGUCAAUCAGUGCCAUCACAGGGGUGAGCCCACAGCGCUACCUGUGGCGGAUCUGUGUUGCUCUGCAUAUCGGCCCCCGACUGCUGAUUGCUAGCAUCUACCAUGCCUAUUAUAAGGGGCUGACCUCCAGCAGCCACAGUCAACGCCUGCUCAGUCUGUGUUAUUGGCUCAACAUCACCGAGAUUGCCUCUCUCUGUGGCGUCACAUACAUCUCCAACAAGGAGAAUUAUCCGGUACAUGAAAAGAUCUUUAUAGUGUUCAUGUUGUGUUCGUUAUCACACAUGCUGGUGACUCUGAAGGUGAGUCGACUGGUACAUCCCACCAUGUCAGAGAAUGUGCGCAUAUCGUACCUCAUCAAGAAAGUGUUGUUUGUCACGUCCAUUCUGUCCACUGUUGGGCUCCUCAUCUUCUUUGCUAAGCACCGUCUGCUGUGUCACGACAUGGCGUUCAGUUGGUUCGCUCUAUGCGAGUAUGUCAUCGCCUCUGCCAACAUGGCCUUCCACGUCACAGUGGUCCUCGACUUUCCCACUGAGGAGCUGGUCAUCGCCAAGGGGCUUACGCUUACCAUGCAUCGUCAGACCAACAACAUCAAACUCGAUUAAAAUCACCAAAACGUUCUUGGAAUUAAUUUCCCCAUCGAAUAUUUAUUGUUAAUUCAUAGUAAACUACAACCCCUAGUUGUACCUUCUGAGUGUAUUGCGAUUGGGUCUGUUAUUUUCAUCUAACUCACUCUGAAAAACAUAAAUAUAGAUAGUUCACAAUUCUAUUUACUGGAUCAUUUUAGAAAUUCAGUAUUAAACCCAUAUUGGGUUUUAAUUUUAUAUACAUAAUGAUUCCUAUAUACAAAAUCAUGGCAUUCUGUUAUGUUGUGAUGGUGAAAGAUUUGAAUAUUGAAAAGGAGUCAUUUGUAGUAUUGAGUAGGGUAAUUUGUAUUUGUAAUAUACAAAUCUAACAUGGUUAUUAUUGUUAAAAUGUUUGUUGAAAUCAUAACAAUUAAUACGCUGUUGAAUAAACAAACUUAGUAAAUUAGCUGGUAAUACAACAUAUUGAUUUAAAAUGUUACAGAACAUGUAAAAUUCAUACGAGUUGAAUCAGUGUAGCAAUAUAAAGUGAUUACCUCAGACAAUUUACAUUUGGUAUGGCUAUUGUUAAUUAUAAUAAUUAUCCUGUACUCAUCAGCCAGACUGUAUUAGUGGUGAAUAAUACAAUACUACUAGCGAGCGGUCCAAUCAGACCAGAAUGUCAAUCCUGACGUCAUUCCAGUUGAACUAUCGUGGAAGUUAAUGUGUUAACAUGUAAUUUGCUUAUCACUAUUUUCAAUGUAUAUGAAGAUCUAUCAAUCGAUCUAUGCAGGGUGAGUUGGCUGAUUAUAAGAUUCAGUCAAAACAUUUCACGUUUUAAGAUCGCCAAAUACUACGCAGUCAGUUUUAGUAGUCUUCUUUGUCUAGUCAAAGGCUAAUAAUACUGUUACUUAAUUAAAGUUUUUUUAUAACUGAGCUGAAAAUACUGUUAAAUUUGCUUGAUGAUAUACAUUGAAACAUUCGAAUAGCUGCAGAAAAUAUUGCACUAUAGAUACUAAAAAGUAAUUUUAACAAUACCGCUCAAAUAGUUGUUCCAAGUUAUUAAAUUAAAAGAGGAUUGGAUCUUUUAAAUAAGUACAAUAAUUUUUUAUUAAUUAACAAAUUAAGUAUUACUUAAACUUUAAUUAUGAAGUGUCGUUUUACUUCUUUUAUUUUGUUAUUGUUAUUAUUUUACCUGAACAGAGUUCCUUAACUAUACGAUAUAUUGUUUAAACUCUAGUCCCCUGUUAUAUUUUGUUAUCUUUGGAAAUAUAUUUACUAUUGAUGUUUGUAAUUAAAUAAUUUUACCAUAGGGUAUAUACAUUAAAUAUUACUUGUACAAUACAAAAUGAAGGGUUAUCAGAAAGAAUUAUACAGUUUUAAAUUCCAUUUGGUAGGGAAUAUGUUGUUGAAAGUUAACAUGAGUCCAAACAAAAUGUCUGCAAUACUGUAUAAAAAUUUACAGUUGACAUCAGAUUUGAAUUUCUUGUUGACCUAAAACAAGAGACAAGACCAAAUACCCAUAGGUCAAGUUGGUUUUACUAGGGAAGAUCUUGUUAACGUCUAACCCUUUAGGACCAACUAACUAUAUAUUGACAAUUUGUGUUUUAGGUUAAAAAAUGUGAAUUAACUUUUAUUCAGGCAAAUUUGGACUCCAAUGAUAGUAAUAAAUAUUAUUUUGUUAAAUGUCUAGAUUCAGCAAUGGUUUAAUCUGAAACAGUUAAAAAAACUCAAUUAAUUGGUAUUACUCACUUUUAAAGCAUCUAGUAACAUUCACUUCCUGUCAUAAUUGACAUGUGAUAGUCAGCUGCCUGACAUUGUUUUUAGUUUAUUCUGCUUGGAGUGAAUUGAUCGUAUAAUGACUGAGACCGACAAUGUAAGAAUAAAAACAUUACAUAUUUGGUAGCACAUAUUUGCUGUAACUGAUCCAGAUCUGACAUUCCUCACUUAUUUUCACAAAUGAUAUUCAAAAUCCAAUAUAACAUUAUGCUAAGUUUGUUUACUAUAUUAUUUAGUAUGAUUGUAAUAUUUUUCAGUAUGUUUACAUUGAAAUAUGAUGUUUAAGAUUAUAAUAUAUGAAUAUAGAUAAAAUGUCAGUAAAUGCCUAUGUUAACAUAUUCACUCUUGAUUCACUAUUAUUACCAUAAAAAUAUUGGUAUUACAUUGCAUAUAUAUAUAUGUAUAUGUAUGUAUA